GUUUUGUACUUAAAUGACAGAGGGUAGCAGGCAUCUGACAAACCCUCAGCAAUACUAAUUGGACUUGUGUCACUGGAAUUGUAACAAAUUGACACCGUAGCAGCAUAUACUGUCAUUAAUUAUAACUAGCCUCCCUCAUACAUAUUUCAGAAGCCAUUCUUUAACUGAAAAGACAAAAUGAAAAGCAGAAACAAUUUCAGAAAACAAUAACUCUUGUGCUAGAAAAUAUAUAAAGAGGGCUCAUUUCCUCUUCAGACUCAGGCAGAUCAUUCACAUAAAUGUUGUUGAUAAAGAAUCAUCAACCUGUGUUUGCCAGCUCACAGCAAUUUAUAUUUUAAAUGUUUGUUUUCAGAAUAAAUGUAAAUCUGAAAAACCUUUAAAAAUCGAGAAUAACCAAAUGCAAGAUUUUUUUUUUAAAACAAAUGUUCAGGUUGUCAUGGUACCCCAUACACACUGUUUUUCAGCCACGCUGCCUCUCAGAGAGACUUAAGCCCAUCUCUCAUUUUACUCGUUUUCAUAAGCUUCAGAGGGAAUGCCCUUCAGACUGUAUUCUCUGAGUGAAGCUUACAAUCUAAGGCCAGAAAGGGUUCAUUGGAUCUGAACUUCCCACAGUUGAAACAAAUGCGGUCUCUAUAAACACCCUCAACUCCUAGUUUACUUGGUUUAUCUUCUUUAUCUAGCCAUACCUCUCAUGUGUCUUGUGUUCCUUCAUAGCAAUGCCCUUGUUCCCCUUCCUUUUCCUGGGAUUUGUCCCCCUCCCUUCACAUCUAAUUUCACAAUUCAGUCUCCCUUUGAGGUCUAAUAUUUGGGUGCCAUCAAUCCUGUAGCAAGGGUCUGGUACUAAUGUGGCUAAUAGAAAUUCCUUUGGCAUCUUUGCACACCUGUUGUAUUUCUGGCUCUAACUUGAUGCUGUCUCCACUGUUUUGAUGCUUGCUCAAACAUCAGCUGCUUUUGUUCUUUGAAGACUCUUCCAGCGAGCAAGUGAAGUGAAGUACGGAAACACUGGACCCAACAUUUCCACUUCCGUUUAGAAAAUAGAGGUGCCCUUUCGAGCCUAUAGCUACAGCAGGCCUCUCUCCACCUUCUUCCUUUUUAAAACUCACCUUGAGAAUCCAAUAGCAAAUAUUAAAUCUAAGAGGUAAAAGAUCACUCUGCCUAGUCCCAAGUCCUUCAUUUUCACUUGAUGUAGAAUCAUACUUUAAGAAUGUUUAAACCCCACCUGAUGUAGGAAGUGAACGCACUUAGUUUGUUUGUUUUUACCUGGGUUCUAAGGCUGCUGGCCUUAUCUGAUGAACUGCCCAAUAGUGCUGGUAUAAUCUAGAACCAAGGAGCAGAGUUGAUUUUCUUCUCUUUGUUGAGCUUCAAUUUAAUUAGGAGUUGUCUCUAGGAAAUGUGAAUGAAUGUUCAGAUCUCUAUCAGAUUGACAUUAUGCAGAGGAGUUUUCAAGAAAAAUCACUAUUUUCUGUUGAAGAUGACAUUCAGAAGGAAUAAUAGCUAAGAUUAUGCAGAAACUAGCUCUAUUCACCUCUUUUGUUCCCUCAACCUUUCAACAUGGAACCUACUUUUAAUUGCUGUUUCCCCCUAUCUCCUUAGCCCCAAUCUAUUCACAGCACAACUACGGAGUAAGUUUCAAAACCCUAAGCCAUAGGAAAGCACUACACUAGCUUGCUCAAAGUCCCCAGUGAUGAGGACGACACAGGAUAGGCUGCUCUCUAGUUGAUCUCACCACCAUUCCUCUUUCCAGCGCCACCUCAGCCUCACAACCUCCUUGCUGUCCUUCAGCAUGGUGCUUAUGUCUCCUCAAACAGCAAGGCAUAUGUAUCGGCUGGGCCAUGUGCUUCAGUGACAAGUUUCCAGUGAGAUCACCAUUUGAGAAUCACACCAAUUCCUCUGAUUCUGCACUAUUCCUUCUUCUCUCUUCUCACCUCUAAUGCCUCCCAAAGUUAUCAUCCUCAUGGAUGCUAGAUUGUGCAUUUGCUCACGAGUAACUGACAUGAGUGUGUGUGCCACUGUUGAACAAUAAAUGAGUUACUAAGGAAAGAAGGAAAUCAAGAACUCCUGGAUUGGAAUGAAAAUGAAAACUCAACAUACUAAAAUCUGUGAGAAAUCCAACAUGAAAAUCCUCGUGGCUGUGGCGGUCCUUUUUCUCGUUUCCACCCAACUGUUUGCAGAGGAAAUCGGUGCCAACGAUGAUCUAAAUUAUUGGUCCGACUGGUCCGACAAUGACCAGAUCAAGGAGGCAAUGCCGGAGCCCUUUGAGCAUCUUCUGCAGAGAAUCGCCCGAAGACCCAAGCCUCAACAGUUCUUUGGAUUAAUGGGCAAACGGGAUGCUGAUUCCUCAAUUGAAAAACAAGUGGCCCUGUUAAAGGCUCUUUAUGGACAUGGCCAGAUCUCUCACAAAAGGCAUAAAACAGAUUCCUUUGUUGGACUAAUGGGCAAAAGAGCUUUAAAUUCUGUGGCUUAUGAAAGAAGCGCUAUGCAGAACUAUGAAAGAAGACGCAAGUAAACCCUGCGACGCACAAUCUAUUCAUCUUCAUCUGUGUCAGUGAGCAGUGAACAGUAAAAUAAAAUGUGCGCUAUGAGGAAUGAUUAUUUAUUUAUAAAUGUUGUUAUGAGUGAAAAACUCAAAAAAGGUGUUUAUUUUUUCAUAUUGUGCCAAUAAGCCUUGUAAUCUUAUUGUGGUGACUUCCCCAGAAGUAGAAAUUAGUUGUAACUUCAGCGAUGGAGUUGUCCAAGCUUGCCAGUGAUGCGGUCUCCUGAGAAGGAAAUGCUGCUGCUGUGAGCCAGUGUAAGCAGCUGCUGCUGGAAGCAAAGAAACUCCUGUGUGUCUUGCGCUCCCCUUGGUUGCUUUUAUGCUGAUAAUGUAUUGAGACUUUGGUAUUUGACUCUAUUUGUAUCCUAGCAGCAUGUUUCAUGUUUCGUGACUAUAUAGAGAUGUUUUUAAAAAGUUUCAAUGUAAUUCUCUGGUCUUCAGUCAUUGUUUGAUGUGUUGUGAUAGCUACCAUUUUAAAUAAAAGAAUGUAUCUUCAGGA